CGUUCAAAAUCAGAUGUUACUUGAAUCUGGGUAAUGAGUGAGCACACAAUUUGGAAAAAGGAAAAUUAUUAAAAGUGAUUAAUCAAAAUGUCUGGCCCGCCGAACAUCAAUAAAAGUCACAAUAGUGGAAGUGGUCGUGGUUGGUUACGAACUCCCCCACCCACGUACUUUCGUUCACCGUCACCAUGGGUUCCACCUGGAUCAACUCCAACAGCAAUGCAAACAUCUCCAGUUACCUUCAGUGGAAAUUCGCAAAUGAAUCCAAACCACAUCGUAUCAUCGAUCAAUGAGCAGCAAUCUGCAAUAAGUUCUUUAGGCACGACACGAACCGAAAUUCAAUACUCGCGCAGUAAUGUUCGUGGAGAUGGAUAUGAAAAACAGCAAUUGUUUAACAUUGCCCCUGGAUCUGAGUAUCAAUUCAAUAGACCACCAUCUGUAGUAUCGCAAGUCCAAUCAAGCACACCUAUCAACUAUGGUUAUGCAAACUUGAGACCAAUAUCUCCCGCAAUUCAACGGCCUUAUGGGAUGAGUACUGGAUUCGAAAAACCGGUACAUGUGCCAAUACAUAGUAUGGCAAUGGAAGGUGCCGUUGGAGGAGCUUCUUUGAAUGCCGGUACUUCGUCUCAAUAUAUUAUUUACGACUAUUCCGGAGAAUAUGGGCCAUCCACGGCGGAGAUAAUAGCAAACCAAUCACAAGAUUACGUAGAUGAAAAGUUGGCUGAAUAUCAAGCAACCAUACAUUUGUUACAAGACGAACAAGAACGAGUGCAAAAGAAAACUUUUGUUAAUUGGAUCAAUUCUUUUCUGUGCAAGCGAAAUCCACCUUUAAAGAUUCAAGAUUUGAUCCAGGAUCUUAAGGAUGGCACUAAACUUCUGGCACUUUUGGAAGUUCUAUCGGGUGAACGACUGCCUAUGGAGAAAGGAAAAGUUUUAAGAAGACCUCAUUACUUGAGUAAUAUAAACACAGCACUGCAAUUUCUAACAAGCAAACGAAUUAAGCUAGUCAAUAUAAACCCUUCUGAUAUUGUUGAUGGGCGACCAGCUGUGGUACUAGGUCUUAUCUGGACAAUCAUUCUGUACUUUCAAAUAGAGGAAAACAGUCGAAUUUUACACUACCUAAACGAGAAUAUUAGUGGUUCCUUGAGCAGCUUAGAUAGCGGAUCAACAUCUCAUAUUCCGAGCCCCAGCAAGUCAUUCCUUCAUGGAGCAUCUCCUAAUAUUACAAACCAAGCCAUGCCUAAGCAAGGACCAAAGAAAACGCUCCUCGGAUGGGUGAAUAAUGCGCUUCCCAAAUCUUCUGGUUUAGAAGUGCGUGAUUUUGGUACAAGCUGGAGAGAUGGCUUUGCUUUCCUUUCACUUAUUGAUGCUAUUAAAACAAACGUAAUCAAUAUAGCAGAAAUGAAGAAAUAUAACAACCGUUACCGCUUGGAUACCGCAUUUAACAUCGCAGAGGCAGAACUUGGUAUCGCUAGGCUACUCGACGCGGAAGAUGUUGACGUUGGAAGUCCUGAUGAGAAGAGCAUUAUGACUUACGUGGCCCAAUUUUUACACAAAUAUCCAGACGUGAAGAACAUGAAUUCGAAAAGUGAAAGUGAACAGGAGCUGCUAGAUUUACUUAAUUGGUUGCGUAGUGCCGUUUCUUAUUAUGAUAGAUUGAAUGGAGCAUAUCCUAACAACUAUGAACUGUAUGAAAAUAUGUUCCACGAGAAAUCUGAGAAGCACAAUGUAUAUAAAAAAGUUAAAAAUAUAUACGCGAGCAAAAUAACACCAGAAGUACAAGAGCUCAACAAUCUUUGGCCACUGCUAGAAAAACAACUUCAACAAUGGUUGUGGUAUCUGGACUGUAAUCUUCCAGAUCAAUUUGGUGUUAUUGGUUUGUGGCUGUGCAAUGGAGAGAAAAUUCUCAAUGAUGAUGAUAUUCCAAACAGCAUGAAUGAAGAGACAGCUUCUCUUAUCAGUAAAAAAUUGGAAGCCCAUAAACAGUUUUUUGCUGCUUAUUACGAGGUUCUUGAAACAUUCAACGAACUAAAAACAACAAACCUAGUUAGAGCUGUUCCGGAGAAUCAACUAAACAAUAUUCAUACAAGGUUGAUCCAAAUUGAACCUAGAGCCAGACAACGAAGAAUAAAGCUCAAGUUUCUUGAACACAAGUGUUGCUUGAUUGCAUUUUUGAACCUGUUGGAAAACAAAAUAAACAGUGUGAAGUAUAAUAACGAAGAUGUUGUGAAGCAAUCUCUGGAUCAAUUGAAAAACUUUGUGACUAAAAAUCAAAUUAUGCAAGAAUUUGAAAAAGCUCUCGUAGAUAUGCGUCAAGUUAUUGAAGAGUACAAGAUGGAUGGCAACAUAUCAAAAAAGGAAGUAUACAACAUUGAUUUAUUCCUGCGGGAAAUUGAAGAUCGAUGGAAAAAUGUAUCAUCUCGAUUGAUAUGUACAGAAACCAUGCUUGAAGACGUUCUUACGCAUUGGCAACGAUGGAAAUCACUCACAGUUGAUGUACAAAACUGGAUUGUUUCAGCACAUCGUGCAAUGUCAGCGGAUGAGGAUGACAAAAUAGACUUUUUCCAAAGUCUUAACUCAUAUAAGGAAAAGAUCGAGAUGCUCUCGGACACAUUUAGCAUUUUAAAAUCAACAUGUGACAUGGAAACAGUGGUCAGCAUAGAAAAGCAAUUUAAACAUAUUUUGAGCCAAUGGGAGCAAAUCUUUCAAAACACCAAGCAAUAUCUUCAUGUCGGAGACAUUUUGCAGCACAGACUCAAAUUCAAAACGGAUGCUGCUCGGCUUAACGAAUGGAUUCAAAAGGCAGAAAGUAUUCUGGCAAAGAAUAAUUUGAAAGAUUCUGGCGAUAUAAAAAGGUGUGAAGUUGAAAUCAAACAAAUUGCCUGUGAAAUUGAAUCGAUGGAGGACUUGUUCAAGUCAAUAAGUAAAAGUUUCCAAAUACUUAUCAAAGAAUAUUCUAGAGAUGAAGUGGAUAAAAUGAUGAACCUUAUGAAGCGAGAUAAAGAAGCACUGGUUUGCAUCAGAGCCCAGAUUCCUUUGAAAUUACAUUUGUUCCAUCAACUGUUGACCCAACAAGAUGCUUUGGAAGCAGGCCAUAGAGAAAUUACAGAGUGGCUAGAUGAAGCAGAGAAUUUGUUGAUUUCGUAUGCAUUCAGUAACGAUCCUCAACAAACGAAAGCUAAUCUCGUGAAUCACAAGUCAUUCUUCAGCCGAGUUUUAUACUACAAAUCUAUGUUGGAAAGCAAAAAUAAUGUUUAUCAAAAUCUGUUGAAGCUGACAAACAAGGAUAAAAGUAUUAAUGUGAAUGAUUUGUCCACCAAAUUCAAACAAUUGAAUGAUCGUUUUGCUUAUGUCAUCAACAAUGCAAAUGAUUGGGAGUACAAGCUGCAAGAAAACAUAAAAGUGUGGGAAGGCUUUCAGAGUAGUUCGAAUAAAGUCGAAAGUUUUCUACGUCAAGCUGAUGCUUGGCAAAAUGCGACGAUACCGUUGGAGAAAAAAGCAGAUGUUGAAGCGCAGUCAGCGUUUUUCACAAGUUUCGAUCAAUCCAUUAUAAAUCAUUUGGAAUCACAUACAGAACAACUUCUUAAAUAUUUGCCUCCAAACGAGCAGCAGCAUUUAAUCAAAAAAGUUGAAUUGGUACAGAAGCAAUGGAGUGACAUAAUUUCCAGAAUCCCGCAACAUUUAUUAAAGCUAGAAUUCAGAUCCAAUGAGAUCAAAUUUUACAACCUCAUAAACACCAUAGAGAAGGAGUUAAACACAGAGGAGCAAUCCUUCAACUGUAAUGAUAAUUUUGAUGCCGUUUUAGAAAGGAAUGAGGAAUUUUUCAAAGAUAAUGAUUUACAACUGGUAGAGAGUGUCCUCGCAUCAUUGGAAAAUACAAACUAUUUGUACAUGGAAAAGUUUCCAAAUGAUCGUGCCCUGUUCCAGCCAUAUCAAAAUGCCAAUGAUAAAUGGGUUACUCUAAGCAAACGCAUUGAGAACGUGAAAAAUAUACUUCAUAAGAUUCCUGCCCAGUGGGCUGCAUACCAAUCAAAAUUCAACGAAAUGAGCGAUUGGAUGACACGCGUCGAUGCAUCUUUAAAACAAAUUUUGGCAGAAAAAGAGUCAAUGGAACAAUUUGAGCAAGAGAAAAUUGCCUUUCAGUUGAAAGAAAUAAUGAAAAUAUGCUGCGAGGCUGAUGCGAAGCGAGAAGACAUGAAGUGGCUUGUAAAGACAUUAGAUUUUCUUUUGAGCCACACAAAUGAAGAUCAGGCUACCAGAGAGCAGGACAAAAUUGAAAAAUUAAUUACCAAAUACAAGACCCUGAUUCCAAUAAUAGAGACAACCAUGAUAAAAACUGAAAUUUUCGCAAAAUGUUAUACGUAUCGCCGUGAAGCUCAAGAAAUAUGUGAUCUUCUAGACCGGAUAAGAAUGCAAACCAAUGAUUUACCUGCACCAGAAAGUCUUAAACGUGUAGGAGAAAUGAUAGAAGAACAAAACUAUUCAAUUCAGGAGUUAGAUAACCAACGGGCGCAUAUAAUGAAAAUGCUUCAAAGAGGAAAAGAUUUGAGUAAAAAUGCGAAUUCUCCAAAGUUUAUUGCAGCAGAAAUACAAAAACUAGACCAAUGCUGGAAUAGUACAUAUAAUGACACUGCAGAAAAGUUGCGAACAUUAAAUAGUUUGCAUAAAAUAUGGAGUGAUUAUAAUGUUGAAAAAGGAAAAAUCGUUAGUCUUUUGAAUAAUGCAGAAAUUGAAUUGAGAUCAGUUACACCUUUGCAAACCGAUCCCAAGAGCGUAAGUCAUGAUCUGGAAUCAAAAAAACAAUUGGUACUAAACCUUCGACAGGCAUCAUCAAAAUCAUUGAUACAGUUGAAUGAUCUGUGUCAUGAUCUAGGAUUAUCUCUUCCACCUAUCGCCAAGCAGGCGAUUGAAAAAGAAACUCAUGAGCUUGAAAAACGAAUUGAUAAUACCAUGAACUAUGUGGAAAAAAGAGUUGAAUAUUUAGAAGACUACAACGAUAAAUGGAAUGAAUACAAGCAGCGCCUUGACAGCCUCAAGAGUUGGGCUAACAAUGUGUAUCCAAAAAUGGUCGCAGCAAUUAAGCAACCACACAUUACACCAGAAGAUCGAGUUGUGAAAACAAAUCAGUUGGAAAAUGUGUUGAGUGAAAAAAUUAAAAUUCUCGACAAACUUUGUGCAAGUGCGUCUGAUUUGGCAUCAAAAGAGGGAAACCUGAGCGAGAUGAAACGAUUGAAAAGUGAAGUUGUUAGACUUCAAGGUACUUUUUCUGAAAUGAAUAAGGCCAUCAGCAUCGAAAAGCGUUCUGUAAAUCAAGAUCUUGAUAUGUGGCAAGAAUUCAAUCAAGAAAUUGAAAAGAUCAAAAUUUGGAUUUUGCAAACCAGUGAGGCAUCCGAGUUAAGAUGUAGCAAAGUUACACAGCUGCAUGAAGCCAAUAAGCUGCUAGCUAAAUUGGAUGGAUUGAACACUGACUGUGAUGCCAAAUUACUUCAGGUUCAAACCAUGGCAAAGAAAUUUAAUGCAAUUAAAUAUGGCGCAAAGCCCACUGAAGAAUUUGAAAAGUGUUAUAUGAAUCUAAACGAAAUUCACGAAAAUUUGCAACAUUUCAUUGCAAAAAUAAACAAACUGAUUAACAAUUGGUCAGCGUUAGAAAAUGAUUUGCAAAAAAUUAACACGUUUCUUACAGAUGCCGAAGCUCGUUACCAGAAAUAUUCCCAAGGCAAUAUUCAUGACUUGCAAAUAGACAAGCUGGAAGAUAAUAUAAAAACUCUGAAAUUAUUCAAUAAUGAAAUUUCUGAGCAGCAAGCUAAGUUAAUCAGUCUCUCACAUCUGUUUGACCAAAUGAACAGUAGUAUUACUGACGAAGGAAAUUCAAUUUUGAAAAACAAACUGCUAUCUUCUCGUGGAAUUUUGACAAAAAUUAACGACAAUGUUCGAGGAUUGCUCAAUGAUCACUAUGAACAAAUAGUCAUUCAACAGAACUUCAAUGCUCGGAUGACAGACUUCAGCAACUGGAUGGAUCAAAUUAGAGCAAGUCUGAGUGAACUUGAUAAAACUGCUCUAACUGAAGUUGACCUAGCACUUCAAAACGUUCAGUAUUUGAUCCAACAACAUGCUGGUAAACGAAAUUUGUUCAACGAUAUUUAUUGUCAUGUUAAACAGUACAGUCUUAGUGGAUCUGUUGGUGAUAAUUCGGUUCUCAGUGAAACAUUUUCGUCUUUAUCCAGCAAUUAUCAAGGGCUUGAGUCAUGCUUGCAAAAAUAUAAAAAUUAUUUACAAUGCUGGUCAGAAUUCUUGCACUGGCAUCAAACGACAAAAGAACAGGUUACAUUUAUAAAGGAUAAUUUGCUUAAUUAUGACCAUAUACUUGAAGCAGAAUUACACGACUUUAAAGUUAAAAUAGGGGAAAUUAAAGAUAAAAUUAACGAAUGGAGACACACAAUGAUAAAACUUGAGCAUCAGCCUUGUAUACAAUUUUAUGAUCAGAUGAAAAAUGUAGUAAACGCUGUAGAACUGAUUGUCGACUUGGAAAACAAAAUUGAUUCGAUAAAAAUACAGGCUGAUACAAAACUCAAAGAAAUUUUUGAAGUGAAAGAAAAAGUUGAAGUAUUUAAAAACACACAAAAACAAAUAGUUGCCAACAUGAAUAAUAUUUCUGAUCAAUUUAAACUUAUUCUUGGAGAAGCGAGUCUGUGCAACAUUCACGAACUUGUUGACAAAUUGACAAACUUAAAUGAACAAAUUGUUCAUGAGACUACAGUUCAAGCUCAGGCUCGGCUUGAAGGACAGUUGAUCGCUAAACAAGAUAAAAUGCCUUCUUUUGCAAUUCAAGAAUCGCUUACGGUUCUCGAUAAAGAGUUAGAAAAUAUAAAGCAGGCUACGGAGGAAACACUGGAACUUUUCUCUGUUGUUCGUAAUUCUUAUGUUGAUUUCAAUCAAUACAAUUUAGAAUUUCACAAUGAGUUGGCAAACGUUAACAGAAUAAAUAAUGCUACUGCACUCAUGUUUGAUGAUAAGCCAUCCUUAGUUAAACAAUUGGAACUUUUGAAACAGGUAUCUGAGUCGAUGAAAAAAAUUAAGAAAACCAUUGACUUAUCAUCAAAGAAAGGAAAUGAAACUGUCAAAAAUUUUAGAGCGUAUAAUGCUGAAGAUUGUGACAAAAUCCUUGAAAUAAUCCGUCAAAACAAUGACGAAUUUAAGAAUAAUUUGGAAAUUUUAAUUGAUAACAGCAACGCUCUUGAUCAAAAACUUGCUUUGUAUAGACAAGUUGAAGAGCUAAGUCGUGACUUAAUCAGCUGGUUGGACGUAACAAAAGAUAAAUUUAGCCGUGUUUUAGAAAAUCCCAGUGAAAUUGAUUACAAAAUAUCGAGCUAUAAAUCAGAGUUACCUAUUCAGGAAGCAUUCAGAGAAAACUUUAACAGUCUGCUGCGUGAAUUUAAAAGUUGUAAUAACAAUAUAUUACCAAAGGACCUGCUCGAGUUGAAUAACAACUUGAAUGAAAUGUUUGAACAGCUGGACUUGACUGUUAGUAAAUUGAGUAAUUUACAAUUAGAAUGUGCUAAGGAGGAACGCAAUUUGAAAGAUCAAAUAAAAUCAAUAAUAGAAAAACUAUACAAAACUCGCGAAGAAAUAUUACACUGUGAGGACUUAACAUCAAACAAUAUAAAACAACUGCAAAAUUUGGAGAAAAUUCGACAGCUAAGAAAAGAACUUAAUUUAAUCGGAGUAGAAAUUGCUGAUCUGAAAAAUAAAUUCAUGAGUGUCGAAACUAAAUAUGACUCUAUUAAAGAAGGAACAAUUUCCAAAGAAAUCCAAAACCUGGAUCAACGAUUUGGAAUUGUUAUAAACAGCCUAAAUGAUAUUGAAAACAAACUCAACAAACUUGUUGAAAAAUCAUUUCGCGAUAAGGUGGCAAUACUCAGACGAAUGGUGGGCUCAUUGGAUGAAAAAUUGAGGUGGUGCAAUCCUGAGUCGUGUAGUGAUAAAUAUAAUUUGGAAACGAAAAAGUCUAACUUAGAUGAUAUCAUAAAAUCAAUUGAUAAAUGCAAGGAAAAUAAACAAGAGUUGACAGAAUUGUUAAAAUCUAUUGAAGUGGUGUUAAACAACUCUAAAGUUGAACAUUUGGGUGAGGAAAACCUGGAAGUCGAACGCGAAUUAGAGCGGCUGAUACAAAGCUGCAAUAAAACAGCUUCUAUCCUGUCCUCGAAUAUAUGUUUGUGGCAACAAUAUGAAGAAUCUUCAGGAGAAAUUAUCAAGUGGUUAAAAGAGAUGGAGCAGAAAAAUAAGAUGGAGACUGUUAUGCUUAUUGAUCUAAGCUCACUUUUAAUCACGAUUGCCGAAGUUAAAGAUAUCAGAACCACUUUAGCCGAAUUUGAACCAAAACUUCAAGCUUUGCAUCAAAUUGGCGAUCAAAUAAAUGAAAUUAAUCCCGAUUCAAGAGCAUUGAACCUAGUCCAACAUUUGCAUUCACGGUAUAAUGCCUUCGCAAAAUAUUUUUCUGCGUUAAUCGAUCGGCUACUAGACGUUGAGUCAAAAUCACAAAAGUUUACCGAUAAAAGUAAAGAAGCACAUGACUGCCUUCAGUCUUUGAAGCAACAAUUAGUAUCCGAAAAAGAUUAUAAGGGACUCAAAGAUUUACGCACACGAAUUAUUGGAAGUGAGAAUUUAAUUAACGAUACCUGCUCGUUUGGUGAGCAGUUGUAUGCUGAAGUUAAUUCUGAUUGUCGAGAAGCUAUCAGAACAGAAAUUCAUGCACUGCGAGCAUCGUAUAACUCUCUUGUUGACGAGUGCAAUGCAGAACUGAAACGGAAAGAAGCAGAAAUAAUGAAUAAAAAAUCAAUAGAAGAAAGUUACAGUCAAAUCUUGAAAUGGUUAUUGGAACUUGAUAGAAAAAUGUCAGAGUUUCCCCAGUUAUAUUCAACGCUUCAAGACAAACAAAGUGCAUUAUUCAGCUGUAAAACAAUGCUAGAAGAUGCUCGAGCGCAUGGGUGUUCUUUGGAGCAGUUGAAUAAAAAAAUACAAAAUUUAUUUGCGUCAGACAUGGUGGCAAAACUACAUGCAUCUCAAUCUAAACUUGAUACAAUAACUGAAGAUUUAAUGAAAAGAAUUGAUUACUUAGAAAACAGUGUUAAAAACCAUGAAUAUUAUCACGCUAUUCUUGAAAAAUCCAAAGAUUGGAUGAUGAAAUUACAAUCACAGACAAUCGAAAUAUUCAAUGAGAAUGAGUUGAGUAAACCGAGAAUAGAAGAAGAUUUAAUGAUUCUUGAAAACACGUUGUCCGAAGAAGAAGCCGUUUUAGACAGUAUCAAUGAAUGCUACAACCAAUUCACUAAAGUGAUGGGACAAACGCAUGAAUAUGGACAUAGUGAUCUCUUAAGAGUUUUCGAAAAUGACAAACAUAGCUGGGUAAACUUUUUUGAAAAAUGUCGAGUAAACAAAGAAAGACUUUUGACUGCAUUGAAAAAUUUGGGGGCACUCAGUCAGAAAACAGAAGAUUGUUUGCUGAAACUAGCUGCAUUCAAACAUAAUAUUAAAGAAAUCUCUGGUAAAAUUCCUUUAAAUGCACAACAAAGCACAAUGAUGGAUCUCAGUGAAAUAAAGAAGGAUAUUGAAAGCUAUGGAAAUUAUGUCAGUAAUCUGAUUGAAGAGUGUCAAAACAUGAAGUCAAACGGGGAGCUUUCAAAUAAAGCAUUCCAACUGCAGAACGAAUAUCGUAGCCUUACUAACCUCUGUUCAGAUGCAAUGCUUAAAGCAGAAGCUACUAUCAAUGAUCAGUGUGACUUUAAUAAAACCUUCGAUGAUUUCCAAGGUGUUUUGAGUGAAAACAUUGAUUCUUUAGAGCAGUAUAAGCAACUGGUUGGUGAUUUAACUAUUUUACAAGAACGCCAAGCAAGACUUAAAGAGCUAUCAUACAAGCGCCUGGAUGACAGUAAUGUCUUGGAAGAAUUAAUUGCUAGAGGAGAAAAGUUAUGUACGCAAACAUCGCCAGAUGGUAGAGAACUAAUCAGACAUAGAAUGUCUGAAAUACGACAAUUGUGGGACAAGUUUUCCGACGACUUAGAAGUUGUUACUCAAAAAGUAGACCAUUGCAUAAUGCAAUUUGGAGAAUUUAGUCUACAACAAGAGCAGCUAUCCAAGUGGUUGAAAGAUAUUGAGUGUUCUAUGAAAGCUAAUGCAGAACUCAAGUCAAACAUUCAGGACAAACGCGCACAGUACCAAAAUCAUCGGCUUAUGCAUCAAGAAAUUAUAUCACAAAAUGCUUUGCUGGAUGCCGUAUGUAAUAAAGCUCAACAAUUGCUAACAAUCACGAGAGAUCAUCAUCUGGAAACCUAUUUGGUAUCAAUAAAAGAUACAUAUAAGAAUAUUGUUCAGAAAUCAAAUGAAUUGUUGGAUCACCUAAACAAUUCUGUUGAACUACACGUUCAGUACGCAAAUACUUGUACCAAAUUAAAAAAAUGGAUUUGCGAAGAAAAGGACAAAGUUGCACAGUUUGAAGAUGUAACUGGCGAGAAAAGUGAAAUUAAUAAACGAAUAGAUGCUUUAAAUAACUUAAAAACAAAUAAGUCUCAAGGAGCCGACUUGAUGAAUCAACUUGUGACCAGCUUUGAAAAUAAUAAACCAAGCACUGCGCCUCAAGGCAUAUCGAUUGCAGAAGAGGAGAUUGAAUCUAUUAAAAAAGAGUUCACUGAAUUAUACACAUUUAUUGACAAUCUUAUCGAAAAACAAAAAAUGGCUUCUGUGAAUUGGGCCCAAUUCGAUAGAGAUCUGGAAGAGCUUACCAAGUGGUGUAGAUCUAUGGAGGUAAUUUUCCGAGAGCAGUCAUUGUUUGAAUCAUUGGCCAAAAAGAAGUCUCACCUUCACUUGUACAAGAACAAUUCAAAUUUCAUAAUCGAAAAACAGAAAACGUUAGACGAAUUUGUAACAAAUGCUCAAGCUUUGUUCAGUAAAACAGGCGUAGAGAAAAUAAAGUUUUACAUUAAUCAGUUGAUCAAUCGCUAUCAACUUAUUAAUGUUCUGAGUAAAGAAGUGGUAAAUCGUGCUCAGAACAUUGUAAAUGAUCAUGAGCAUUACGAUGACAAGUUGGAAGAAUGUAACUUAAACUUUUUAACCAUUAAUGAUAUGUUGGAUAAGGUUGAAAGUGAGAAGAUGUCACCUAUUGCACAGUCCAUAUUGCAAAAUGUGGAAAUUGAAAAAGAAAAAGUAGAAAAUAGUUUGUCAAGAUUGAACAUGAUGGGUGAAAAAGUUUUAACAGAAACAAGUACCGUUGGUCGUGACAAAAUACGUGAAGAUAUGGGCAACGUAAAAGAACGUUGGGAUCAACUAGUUUCCAGAAUCAACAGUUUGAAGAAACAGUUCGAUGUCAGAACCGUACAAUGGUCAUCGUAUCAAGACAUUUUGCAACAAGUUUUAGUUUGGCUUGAUCAGACAGAAAAGAAAAUAGAUGUAAACGAAUUACGAACUUGGAGUUCAUCGCAAGAAAUUAGAUCAAAACUUUUCAAAUAUAAAGCAUAUCUACAAGAAAUUAUGGGUCAAAACAGAAUGAUUGAUUCAUUGAAUGAUAAAGCUGCACAGUUGGUCGAAUGUGGAGACGAAGAUGUCAAUGCUAAAAUGCAAUCUGUGAAUGAACGAUUUGCUUUAUUGAAAAAAACGGUUUCCAAUAUGAUUGAUAGAUUGGAUCAGUCUUUGGCACUUUGCAACCAAUUCAAUGAGCGUCAAAAAUCAUUCCUCGAUGAGUAUGAUAUUUUACUGAACGAAUUAAAACAGCUCUCCGAUGUUUCGGGCAACAAAAAAAUGGUUUUGGAAAAUUUUAGAAAUGCAGAAAAUCUUCAGGGAAAAAUUCCUGAAAUAACUGAAAGAAUAAAUAGUUUAAGAACCCUGGUUACAGAUAACGAUGAUCUUAUAUCCUCUGUAGCGAAGAAAAGUAUGGAUCAAGACUUGAUAAAAAUUCAAAACGAAUUCGAUAAACUGGCAAGCUCUGUAGAUGAAACGAAGAGAGAAUUGGAGAGGCGAAUGAGCUUAUGGGAUGUUUACCAGCAAGACCUGGAACAAAUUGGUAAAUUUUUGACAGAAAUAGAAGACUCAAUGAAAGGGUACACAUUGAAGAAUUUUCUGGUGGAAAAGCAAGAGCAAAACGAGUACUACCAAAUGUUGAAUUCUAAGCUUAAGCAAAAUUAUUUGUUAUUCGACAAAUUGAUGGAUAAAUCGUUAGAAUUGCUGCAGAGCAGUGGUGAUGGUAAAAUUUCUCUCCACAUGCAGCAAAUGAAAUCAAGAAUGCAGUCAAUAGAAACAACAGUAAAAGAAAUAAUGAAAAAGUGUGAGCAGGCAUUUGAAGAUCAUAAAUUAUAUAACAUGAAAUAUAAUGAAUGUCUAAAGGAUUUAGAUGACAUAAAAGACACUUUCGGCAAUAGUAAACUUAACCAUCAGUCUAAUUUGGAAAACAGCAUGAAUGUUGUAAAGGGCCUUAUUGCAAAACAAAAUUGUGUCAGCGUCAAAUGCAGUUCUGUUUCUGACAUGGGAGAAAUGCUGUAUGGCUCGACUGCUCUUAAGGGACAACAGGCCAUUAGGGUUGAAAUACAGGAACUUCUAUUGAAAUUUGAACAAAUUUUUGACGAAAUCAAUUCAUUUUUCAAAACAUGUGAAACGCGUCUUGCCAAAGUUUGCGGGUUAAAUGAAAAAUUCCAACAAUUCCGAGAUUGGCUUCAUGCACCCCAUCUGGAUUUGUCUCUAGGAAUAGUUCGUAAACCGACGCUAGAUGAAAAAAUUACUCAGCAUCAAUUUUAUUCUGAUCUCAUUGUUGAGUUAAAAAGUCAUGUGCCAGAACUAAACAAUCUAAAGGAUUUAGUUGAGACUUUGAGUGAUAGAGACAAUAGUAUUGAUGCAUGCUUCAAUGAACUAAAUGAAACUUUCAACUACAAACUCGAACAAGUCCAGACAUUUGCCAAUGCCUAUGAGCAAAUUGUAAGCAAUCAUAGACAAUACUGCAAAGCUGUUUUGGAAACAUCAGAUUACAUCGAUGCGAAUCACAACACUAUUGAACUGUGGGGUGAGACAGAUCUUGACCAAGUUUCAUUAAUGACAAAUAUGGAUCGUCUAAUUGAACUGAAAAAGUCAGUGUUGUUAGAAACAAACAGAAUUGAACAAAUUCGACAACUUGGACAAGCAACUAUUCCUGAUACCAGUGACGAUGGUCAGUCAAAUAUUAGAACACAAAUUGACAUUUCUCAGCAGGAAUGGGAAGGCCUUUUAGCUGCAGUUGAUUCGACAAUAGAAAAAAUUCAAGCUAAGAUUACCGAAUGGAGUGAUUUUGAAAAAUUACGAACAGAAUGCAUGAACUGGAUGCGUAAUGUCGACUCUAACAUUCACUCAGUUGACUUAAAGUCAACUUUAGACGAGAAGAAAAAUACCUUAGAUUAUCUGAAAAGCCUACAAGGUGAAGUUAAGGCUAAGGAGCUUGAGAUAGAUUCAUUUACUGAAAAAGCUCAACAGCUCUAUAGGGGGUAUCUUAGUAAUAGAAGCUCCCAAAUAUCAGAGCUAACAAUCAAGUAUCAACAGACAGCAAGCCGCAUUAAAGAACUAUCGGCUAGAUGGCAACAGUAUGUGAUAAAUCACCAAGAAUUGGAAACUCAAUUUGCUAAUCACAAAGUAUGGUUGAGUAGUGUCAAGGAGAAACUAAACUACUGUGCUGACUUAUCUACACCAUCAGAAAAAGAUUUGCAGAGUAAACUCAAAGUUAUCCAUGACCUCAUUGUCAAUAAAGAUGAGGGAAGUACAAGGAUACAACAGAUAAUUGACUUAUCACGACAAGUACUAGCAUGUACAACAUCACUUGGCCACGAAGCAAUUAAUCGCGUUGUGGCCGAUUUACAAGAUGAGUGGUCAUGCUUAACUCUUAGAAUGGUUGAUGUAAAAAGUCAGUUGGACGAUGCCAUCAAUCAGUGGUCAGGAUUUUUGGAUCAAGUAAACGACUUGAAGAAGAAAAUAGAAUGGAUGGAAACUGAAAUGAAGCUAUUAUCAGAAUUCCAAGGCAAUAUGGCUGAGAAACGUGCCCAGUUGGAUAAAAUAAAGCAUACAGAAGAAAAAAUACGCAUUGAACGUAUUGAAAUUGAACCAUUGAAAAAGAAAGCUGCUGAAAUGAGCAGUUCCGGUCAACAAACGCAAGCUGCGUCUACUGCCCAACAAAUUCUUGGCAAAUUUGACUAUAUAGCAGAUCAAAUUACGAAACUGCUCACUGAACGUGAAGAUCAGUAUCGUGACCAUCGUUUGUACAAAGAAGCACACGAUGAUUUGACAAACUGGAUUAACCGUGCACGAGAGAAAUUGCCGUGUGCCAAGCAACAAUCUCUCAGUGACAAACUAACCAUCGAAAACGCCAUGGCUCCUCUGGAUUCACUUAUGAAGAAGAGAGCUCAAGGUGAAUUACUGGUCGAACAUUUAGUCCAUACAGGUGAAGUUGUGUUGGCUUCAACUUCUGGCAAAGGAAAAGAGACUAUCAAAGCUGAUAUCAACCAACUCAAAAAUAGUUUUGAAACACUUUUCAAGGAUAUCGUUAAUCAAAAGCAAAAGCUCGAACAAACAAUUUCAUUGCUAAGAGAAUACAAAGAAGAAUAUGAGCGUUUGUCUGAGUGGUUGCAACAAAUAGAUAUAAUAGUUAAAAAUCAUAAGCUUGCAACCUCAUCCAACUUACAAGAUAAAGAGAAACAAGUUAAGGAUAUGAAUGAAACCAUUGCUAGAUUGGAAAAAGGUCAAGACGAUUUAAACAAGUUUAAUGCUUUUGCUGCACCAUUAUUGCAAUCGCAUUUGGAUUCAUACAUUGGCAAUCAACUACGACAUCUUAACUCUCGAUAUCAGGUACAAGUGAAUAUCGCAAAAGAUGUUUUGAAAAAAGUUGAAUCUAAUUUCGAAGCUCACAAAGAAUAUAAGGAACAUCUUACAAAAGCUAACAAUUGGAUUGACAAUGCCAAAGAAAUUGUACGAUAUUCUAUUGAAAAUGUAGAAAAUGUUAGCAAAGAAAACCUUGAAAAGCGUCUCGAGAAGGUUAUCGAACUGAUUCAGCAGCGCGAGCAAGGGCAACAGCUGGUGAAUCAUACUGUCAAUACAGGUGAAAAGGUCGUCAAAACAACAAAAUCCGAUGGUAAAGAAGUAAUCAAUAAUGAAAUUAAGGAAGUUCAAAAUGCAUGGGAUCGUUUGGUUAAGAAAAUGUCAACCGCUAAGGUUCAUUUGGAAACAAGUUUGCUUCAAUGGGCUGAUUAUAGCUCCAGUUAUAACCAUCUUCAACAGUGGAUACAGGAUCGUGAGUCAAAGCUGCAGAGGGUGUGUGAGCAAAAAGUAGUUCGAUUUAAAACUGGUAAACCAUCAAGCCUAAGUAUUGGGUUGAACGAAAGAAGAGCGAAUUUACGGCAGGCUAAUGAUAUUGUUCAGGAUAUUGUAUCUUUUGAACCAAUGAUUCAGUCUGUAGCAAGCAAAGCUUCCGAUUUACACCAAACAUCCCCAGCUUCAGAAAUUUCAAACAAAUAUGAAACACUUAGUAAACAAGCAAAGGAGCUUUUUGCUAAACAAAAAGAAACUGUCGAGUUACAUCAAGCUUUCAUUGAUUCCAGUAAUGACUUCGCCGCCUGGAUUCGUAAUGCCAAAGAAUGUAUAAACAAAUGUUCUGACUAUAGGGGCGAUAAAGAAUCGUUAAUAUCAAAAAUGUCACAACUAAAAAUUUUAGAUAACGAUGUAUCUGUAGGGCAAAAGAAACUUGAAAAAGCUCUAGAACAGGCAGAAGUAGCAUGUCGAAAUGUAGAAUCAGAAGAAUGUGAAGCAAUAGAAAAGGAAGUAGCUAUUCUGCAAGAUGAGUUUGAUAAUUAUUGUAUUGUAUUGAAAAAAAUUGCCACAUCUUUGGAGAAUGGUAUAGUUAGAUGGACAGAGUAUGACGAUCAUUAUAAAAAGGCAUUAAACUGGAUUGAUAAAUAUGAACAGGUUAUUCAGUCAAGCAACAAAAUGCAAAACAGCUUAGAAGAGAAAAAGUUUGUUUUAGAAGAGUUUCAGGAGAAAUUACAAACGCUUUUUGAUUGGCAAAAGGAAUUAGAUAACCUCAAUAUUCGGGCACAGAUAUUGCUGGACAUUUGUGCGGAUACUAGAGUGAGCAAUGGAGUUACACAGCUGACGACAAAAUACAACGUUUUGCUGUCAAUUGCAAAGGAAAUAAUGCGACGUUUGGAGCUACACUAUCAAGAACACCAGCAACACAAUGCAUUCUAUGGCGAGUGUCAAGACUGGUUGGAACGUAUGCGAGAAAAGCUAAACGAAUGUGAUGUCACUCCACAUUCAAUAGUUGAGACUCAAGCAAAAUUAAACAUCAUUAAAGGAAUUCGCCAAAGUCUGGAACAGGGUCAAAAUAAGCUGCGUUACCUAUUUGAACUUAAAGAAAAAAUUGUUCUCAGUACUGAAUCAGAAGGUGCAUCAAAAUUGGCUGAGGAUACAGAAAAUCUAAAAACGGAAUAUGAAUCAUUGAUGGUUGAUAUUCAAGACAUACGACAAAAGCUUUUAAAUCAUUUGACACACCUCGAAGAUGUUGGCAAGCUAUCAAAAAUGCUCUCUGAAUGGAUUGAUGAGGUGCAAAAUAAAUUGGAUGAUGAACCAAUCCUGAUUGAAUUAUCUGAUAAAAGGGUUGCAUUAGAAAAAUAUCGUGCAAUACAUCGUGAAACUGGAAAUUACAACGAUAUUGCCGAAAAGAUAAAAACCAAAAUAUCAGAAAAUCAAAACGUAAAUUCUGAAUCCAUUCAAAAAAUAUUAUCUACCUACCAGGCAUUAGUUGACAAAGUUGGUUCAGAAAUUGAACAUCUUGAGAGCCAAGUAAGCUACUACGAAAAAUUCAAUCAAGGUCAACAAGCACUUUACGAUUGGUUGAAGAACACUCGAUCAAAUACUGAGAAACUAUCAGAUUAUCAUGGAGACAAAGAACAAAUUGAGUUACAAAUUAAUCAAAUCAAAGAUAUUGAACUAUCCUUCUCCGAAGGAAAAGUGCUGCUAGAAAAUGCACAAGAUUUAAGCAACAAAUUACUGAACAUCGUAGGUAAUGACGGUCGAGACACUGUGAAACAAGACAUUUUGCAAUCCAAGUCUGAUUGGGAGGAUGUAGAAGUACUUACCAAAACUGUGCAUCAAACUUUAAACGAAGUUUUGGGUUCAUGGGAAAGCUUUUUCGAUAAAUCUGAAAACAUACAAAAGUUUAUUGCUGAAUACAAAGAACAAAUAGAAUCAUUAUCAAACGAUAAAGGAGAAGAUCAAGAAAGCAGUCUGAAAAAACUAAAGCAUAUCUUGGAUAUUGUUACUACCAAGAAAAAUGAAGUAGAUGAACUGAACGAUGUUUGCGAAGUUUUAAUGGAGAAAAGCACUUGCUGUAUGGUUCGAGAUCGUACAAUUGAUCUUCAAAAAAGUUAUUCGGGUCUCUUAAUGAAUCUUCAAGGUUUAAUUUCCCAGCUCCAAAAAAAUGUUAUGAGUCAUACCGAAUUCAUUUAUUAUAAAGAUGAAUUGGAUAAAUGGAUAAACAACGCAAAUGAGGUUAUCAACGGUUGUCAAAAUAUACCAAGUGAUGACAUUUCUAUUAUAAAACAAGUGAUAAUUAACAUUCAAACUAUCUCAAACACUAUACCACAAGGGCAAAAAUUGUUUGAAAUGCUCCAGGAUGCAUUUACUAAAUCAUCAUAUUUGUAUUCAGAAGCUAAGCAAACGGAAAUGUUUCAAAUUAUAUCUUCGUGUAGGGAUGCUUUGGACUCAGUUGUCAUAAAAAUCAAUGCAAGUCUUGACGAAUUGAACGCCAAACACAAUCGUUUGGAGAUAUACGAUGAUUUAAAGAAUAGAGUAACAGAUUGGCUGAAUCUUACAGAAGGUGUACUUGAAUCUAUUCCGGAAACUCACGGAGAAAUGGGAGAAGUUAAAUCAUUGCUUGAUAAAAUGAAACAUAUAGAAACAGAAAUUUCAUUCAAACGAACUGAUCUUGAGAAUAUUCAACAAGAAGCGCUAAGUUUAUUUGAUCCAAGCAAGAGCUCGUUAGAAAUGGACCGAGUAGCAAAUCUUCAACAAAGAAAUAUAAAAUUGAAUGAAAAAUGCGUGUACACAAUAAAAAAUUUGGAAUUGGAGCUUCAAGAGCAGAUGCUGUACUAUCAAAAUUUGCAAGAAAUUGAAAAAUGGUUGCUGCAAAUAUCAUUCCAAUUGAUGGCACAUAAUUCACUUUACAUACAUAACCGAGAACAAACUCAAGAACAGAUCGCUCAGCAUGAAAAACUUUUGGAUGAAAUCCAACGUUAUCAGGUAACCAUUGAUGAUUUCAAUAUGAAAGGACAAACGCAAAUUGAACGAUAUGUGCUGAAGGCGCCAGAAAUCAAGAACCGAAUUGAAAGUCAAAUGAAAAACAUUAAAGAUAGCUAUACAUCUCUGUUGAAUACUUCCGUGCAAAUUAAGAAUAGACUGUAUGACUCUUUAAACAAAUUCCAAGAAUAUGAGAAUACUCUAGACGAUAUUGCCCGGCGGCUUGAUGAGUUUGAACCAGAAAUAACUCAGAUGAAACAGAUUAAAGUAUUAAGCUACGAUGUUGGAAAAGAAACUCUAGAAAAGGCGCAAAGUUAUCAUAACAAAUUGCAGAUUGAAAAAAGUCGAUUGAUACAUGCUGUUCAAGCGUGUGAGGCAGCUACUGCUAGCAUCAGCAGACCAAGCUCUCCAGUAGAAAGUGCCCAUCAGGUUAUUCCUGAAAUUGAAUUAAUGGUUCGUGCGCGACUGGAGGACCUUAUCGACGAGGUACAAUCGUGGAUUGAAGAUUUGAUUUCGUCUAUUAACAAUUGUGAACGACAAUACAAACAAAGGCUUGAACUUGAUCAGUGGAUUACGAAACAAGAUGCUUCAGUUACCGACUGGCUUUCGAAACCCUUUAAAUUACGCACAGAAACUGCUGAACAAGAAAUGCGUCAAAUGAAUGACCUGCUAAAAGAAAUUUCCGCGAAAAAAGAGCUCACUGAUCUAGAUCCAGUGUUAUUAGACAAGUUGCAUAAUCUACAGAACCGACUAGAGCAGGCAGUUGAUAAGAAAAUGAUGGACCAAUUGUGCAUUAACAACUAUAGGAAAAUCCACGAAGAAGUACAAGUUUGGUUUGAUGAUAUCGUUAAUCAAAUUGAUUCCCCUGAAAAAGGUUGUGGCAUGAAUUGUAAACAAAAGUUGGAAAACAUCAAUGAAAUAAAGAAAAACAUUGAAGACAACUGUGAAAUUAUGAAAAUGUAUAAGCAAAACGCUACUCAGGCUUCGGGAAUCGUGAGUAAUUUAGAUGCUCAGCAAAUAGCUGAACAAACAAAAUCAGUCGAUCGCAGGUAUAAUGACGUGCGCAAAAGACUUGAUAGAAAAAUUGAUGCCGUUGAUUCCACCAACAAUAUAUACAAUAAGAUUCAUGCUGAUGUUAACACCAUAAAUGAUUGGUUAUCUGAAAAACAUAAAAUAAUUUCACAACCAUAUCAAUUAGACGCUGAUAGCAAAUCAGCUGAGUUGCAGCAACAAAGUUUCAAAUCACUUUUAAAAGAAGUUGAAGAAAAGCAAUCGCUGCUUGAUACAAUUGGAAAAAGGUUUGCAAGCAUUCAGCCUGACUUAGAGUCUGACGAGAAACAGAGUUUGGCUAAUGACAUACUCAAGGCUAAUGACUCUUCUCGAGAGCUAGUAAAUUGCAUAUCUAAAGAAGUUGACAAAAUCGUUGAUGAUAUACUGUGCCGCAAAAAUAUGCAGAAUAAUCUUGAAAUGAUGAGAUCAUGGAUUAGAACAAAACAAAAUGACAUUAAUAAAGCGUCUGAUUAUGUACCAUUGUUGGCAUCUAACGUUAAAACAGCGUUAGAACUAUGCAAGAGACACGCUCUUGGUAUACAGGAAUUCAGAGAAAAUGCCUUUAAAGAUGUAACCAAACAGGUGCAUGAAAUCAUGAAAGAGUGUAGCACUGAAGGGCAGAAUAAACUAUCUCGAGAAUUUGAGUUGUUGUCAGAUAAAUUGCAAAGUUUAUCCAACAGUUGCAGCGAAAAGAUAUCCUUCCUCGAGCUAGAGCAUAAAAAACGCAUUAACUUUGAAACCCGCAAAGAAAAGUUAUUGGAAUGGUUUAAUUCAGCUGAAACAGUGAUUGCUGCGGAUGUACGACCCCUUAGUUUGGUUAUCCUGAAAGACCAAAAAGAUAAAUUAGAUCAUAUAAAUGAUCAGAGCGAAUCAAUAAAACAAUGUGCAAAAGAAAUUGAGGAGUACAAAAACACUAUAGUUCCAUCUUUAAAUGAGACAGAAAAUAACAGCAUAACUAUGCAAACCAGAACACUGACUGACAAGUGGCAAGCAAUCGAUAAAGCGUUGAAAACAAAACUUAAGAAAAUCAACGAGCAUAUCCAAGAGUAUGAAGAAGCUUUGCGAAAGAUUAAUCAAUGCGCUGAGUUUGUAUCCACAGUUCAAACUCGUCUGCGUGACAUGAACAAACCGGUUGCAAGUAAAAUUGAAAAUAUUCAGGAUGUGUUGAUGACAUACGAAACAAUUUUAGGGGAUUUAAAAGAAAGGCGUAUUGAUCUUAAUACCAUAAUGCUAACUAAUAUCCCUCAGCUCAGAGAAAUUUCUUCAAAACUAGAAGAGAUGAUUUAUAGUAUGGAAGAACAACUAAGACGUUUGAAAACGACUUUAAACAUGAGAGAUCAAUUCGUUGGAGCGAUUAAUGAAGUGGUGAAAACCAUUUCUAUUAUCAAUACCGACUUUAAUGAAAUUGACCAGUUUUCUAAAAACGUGAAUGAAAGGUUGGACAAAUAUAAUGCCAUACUGCAUCAAAUUGAGCAAUGUCAUCAACUGCUGUUAUUGGCAUCGGAUAAGGGACACGCUAUUGCAAAUGAAGGAACGGAUCUUGACCGUCACAAUAUAACGGACCAGUUAAAUGCAUUACGUGCACAACUUGAAUCGAUAAAAAAGAAUGUUGAAAUUGAACAAGAUAAGUAUCAAAAGCAGAGAAUCUACCACAAAAAUAUCUCCAAAGACAUUUUGAAGCUCUUAGAGUGGUUUAGAUUGAAGAAUGACAUCAUCAAAUCUCGCCCAUUAUAUUGCGAUGACUUGAAAAUAUCUUCAGAGCUCAUUUGUGACAAUGAAAACUUGUGCGUUCAAGCCCGUAAUAAAAUCAGUCAAAUUUGUGACCUACUAAAUAAACUUAAGUAUGAGUCCCAACUACCAGACGACUUAAAGGCAUACAUGCAAGAAGCCGACCAGCUUAACAACUCGAUACCAAAUGAAUUAAAUUCUCGUGAAUUAUACUUCCAAGAAAACCACAGCCAUCGUAUUGCAUAUCAUGCUAAACUCUCUGAAGUCGAAGAAUGGAUUAAGAAGUUUGAAAAUCAGUUCGUAAAGCAUUUCGAAUUCAAGAUGGACGUUGGUAUUAUUGAGGCAAAUCUUAGUGAGUUGUCCAAAUUUGUGAAAGAAGAAGCUGACCUGAGGAACGUACUAUAUCAUGACAUUCAAGAGCAAGCGGAAUUAUUUUGGAAUACUCUCACUGAAAGUGACCAAGACAAAUGUUUGUUGUAUCAUGAAAAUUUAAAAACGCGCAUGACAGAAGCUUCACAUAAGGCCGCCUUAAGACAGACCGACUUACUGGCGAAUAAAGAUCUGAUACAGCGACAUAAAGCAUAUGAAGAAAAGCUUGUGACAUGCUUACAAAAAUACAAACUAGGAGACUCAGUGCUGGCAUUACCUACCUUACCCGCUCGUACAAAUCACAUAAAUGAACUUUUGAAUGCGCUUAUGGCUGAGCAACAAGAACUGAACUCGUUCAACGACCUAUCUAGUAAAAUAAUUCAUCAAACCGACCCAUCUGAGAGUGAUAAAGUAAAUAAGCUUAAUUUGGAAAUCAACCGUAAUUGGGCAGACAAUAUCACUCUUUUGGAGAACGUACGAGAAAAUUUAAACCAACUGCAACAUCAGUGGAAACAGCUGGAGAGUAUUUUGCUGGAGCUUGAAACCAAAUUAAAUUGUUUGCUGGAAAAAGACAACAAUCUAGACUUAACCGUCCGAUCAAGAGAGGAAAUUGAUUCUAAAAAUAAAAAAAUAGAGGACCUUUUGGAAGACAAAGCUGCUCUCAAUGACUUGUACUUGAAGGCCAACUCUCUGGCAAAAACAUUGAUUAUUGCUUUGCAAGAGCAGCAAUUGAAACCGUACUCAUUGGAAGAUAAGCUAAAUCAUUUGAAUCAGGUUGACUCAAAAUUGACAGACAACCUAAAGAUAAAGCAAAGGCAGCUGCAGGAUAAAUCACAUGAGUUAUUACUCUUCAUAGAGCAAAUAUCCAAUUUAUGCACCGAAAUCGAGCAAACGUCUGACAAGUUGAUAAAACUAAAUCCAUUUGAUGAAAGAUUGCAACAAACAGAAAAGUCUAUCACAGCGAUCAAGUACAAAAUUGAUGAGUUUGUAGAUAAAAAGGGACAACUUUGUCAAAAAAUCAGUGAAAACUACCUGCCAACACAACAGUUUAUUCCUACUGAUUUGACCAAAAAAGUCGAUUUACUACAAACAUUACUAAACAAUCUUAUUGCUGCAAUGGAUAAGUGCAACAUUGACUUCAGACGAGCCAAAAUAGUGAGAACUGAUUACUUCGUGGUUUACGAUAAAAUCAAAACAUGGAUUGAAAAUGCAGAACUGACAAUGACCAACCAUAAUAUUGAUCCAAGUGAAUUGAAGACAAAACUUGUUGCACUUGUCAAUGGCGAAAAGGAUAUCCAACUGGCACACGAACAACUUACAGCGUAUGGAAAGGAAAUCAUUCAAAGCUCCCCAAACAGUGAUGAUAAAAUCGCAAUGCAAGCAAAUGUAGAUCAAAUAACAUUCGAACUGAGCAAAACAAUGCAACUUGUCGAAGAUAAAAAUCAGACAGUGGAUCAAAUACUUGGAAAUUGGGCAAACUUUAUGCGGGUUUAUCAACUAGUCAUUGAUUGGUCCAUCAAACUACGUGCACUUUUAGAACGGAAAUUACAACUUAAUACUCUCUAUGAAGCUCAAUUGGCUUGUCAAAAUUACUCCAGUGCUGUUUCUAGUAUAGCUGAUGUUUCGCAGAAUUUAAGCGAAAUGAACCAUGAAUUCGAUAAAAUCAACGAAGUUUGUUCGACUGGAUACUUGAAAAAUAAACUACACGAAGCAGAAACUCUCAAAACCGACAUUGAAACAGUACUUUUUGAGAGGAAUCUGUUUCUACAUGAAACGACAGAAGAGUGGCAACAAUAUGAAAAUAAAAUAGAAAGUGUUAAAUCAUGGAUUCAAGAUUCCUACCAAACCCUAAACUCGACGGAAUUAAAAAGCAAAACACUUCGGGAUCAACUUAGAAUUCUUGAGCAGAUGCUUGCUGAUAUAUCUGCUCAAAAAAUUAAAGUUAACAUGUCACUAGAAAAACUUCAGGUACAUUUCCACUCGGAAAUCAUCUACUCCGACAACUCCAACAUUGUUCAUAAUGGUCGGACCACGAUUGGUGACCUGGAAAAAUUGAACAAAGACGUCUUUCAAACUACCCAAAACCUGGACAAGGCACUCACUCAAAUCGAAGACUGCCAAAACGAGAUGCAGGGGAUUCGUCAACGCAUCGUACAGGAGGAACAACAGCUCCGGAAUAUUUUAUCACCAUUGCAUCAACCAAGCGAUAGUGAUAAAACCGAACAGAUAUUACCCCAUGAUGUGGAAAAUAUUUUGGAGUCGUUACUAUCAGCAGAGCUAAAGAUGAACAACCUUCCCUAUGACAACAUUAAUGAUCUGAUUAAAGGGUUACAGGUGCUUAUUGAAAAACUAGCAGAUUAUAAGCAACAAAAUUACGCAAUUUCUAUGUCAUUACCAUCCAAUGCUGAUAUGAAGAUACAAGAGUCGAUCCGUCAGAUAGACGAUCGCAUUGAUUUUCUACGGCAAAGAGCGCACGAUGGAUUGGAAAAAAUACAGCAAACAUUGAAAAUUAGAGAACAGCGUAAAAAAGAAGUACAAGCAUAUCUUUCACUAUUAGAAGAGAUCGAAAGUUGGUUAUCGACAUCAUCAAUACAGUUAGAUGAUGUCGAUGAUGAUAGUACGGAAGAUGACAUAAACCAAAUGUUGUAUCGAAACGAAAACCUUCUUCGCAAUCUAACUGUGAAGGAAACUAACGCCAGAGCAAUAUAUGAAAAAACUGACGAGUUUUUGAUGUAUUCAGAUGUAUCUGAUAGAACAAAGUUGCUAAAGGAGAACCUAAGCGCUAUCAUAAGGACAAUGCGAGAGAAAACACUUAUUGUUGAAAACAACAUUCAACGACUGACACAAAAACUAAAACCGAUUGAAAGCACUAUGGUGAACACUGAAAUGCAAACCAGUCCUCCAGUUUCACUUGAUGUUUACAAUAAAGCUCCUGUUGUACAACAAGAUACAUCAUCUCAAACCCACAAAACUGGUUCCACGGACAAUAUACUUAUUAUUCAGUCUGUAUCAAAUGGUCAAGAAACUCUUCAAAUUUCAAAUGUGCGCAAUACUCCGCUAAUGGGUACAACAGAUGAUAUAAUUGUAGAAGCAAAGUACACUCACCCUCAAGAAGGAGAAGGUAGAAAAUCAUCAGAAUUACUUCUGCAAAAUAUUCCCUCUCAGUUUGAAAGUACAUUUGUCGAACCAGAUGAUAGUACAACAGAGAUCGUGGUGGAUAAAGAUGGUUCUAAAAAAAUCACCUUAAGAAAGACUAUACAGCCAAUACAAUCUAUUGGCCCAUGUGAAAUUCCAAGUAUCAGUACGUUGGAUGCUACAAUUUUACCCCCAGUAAUUGAGGGAACAGUGCUGGAAGUCCAACAACCAAAAUUUGUAAGCGAGGAAGUUCAUGUCGCACGCAACAUUGUUGGGGAGAUCCUGGACAAUAUUCAAGAACAUGUAGUUGAUACGAUAGUUAAAAAGGAAUCCGAGCUACUGGACACCCAGGAGCAAGAUUCUCAGGUAUUCGAAUCCGAUGCACUUAAAGUAGAUUUGAUUGCUUCUGUUGUUGAUUCACCAAGUACUAGUACCGUAUUUAGUCUGCAAAGUACAUCUGAGCCUUACUCAAAUCUUACAGCAAAAACAGAUUCAAACUUAAAUGCAUCAGUCGUAGAACCCGUCGGUGACAUCUGGCCUCCAUCAGAAUCAAUAACUGUAGGAGAGUUUGGAAGUGUUUGUAAACCCGAUAACACAACAACAGCCCGGACUGUUCGUUUUGAAAUGAUGAAACCGGAAGUUAUUUGUGAUGAAAUUUGGCCACAAAGUUUGAAAACAGGAUCAAGUUACAUCGAUGUUGCACCUCAGUUCCCGACAUUACCAUCAACAAAUAACGAUGAUUCUACCACACCAGAGAAAGUAUAUCAAGAUGAACAAUCAAUGUCAAUACAUGGCGCAGAAACUGUUCAAGAAAUUUCUUUGAUAUGUAAAGAAUCGGAGGAAAUUCAAGAAAGUGAACAGCAAGUUGUUGACGUAGCACUUGAAGCACAAAUUUCAAUGAAUGAAAUCAAAAAACCUUCUACAGAAAAUGCUUCAGUAUUAGACACAUCAAUCAUACAACCUGAGCCAGCUACAGCUUUAACAGACAAAGGCAUAGAACCAACGCCUGAUGAUGUCCAUCCAAAGGAGAAAUAUGAUAGUUUACCAGUUGCUGAAUCUUUGGAAACCGACAGUAAAGACGACGGUAUAAAAUCACCAGCGCCAGAUGUACCUUCGGAGGAAACACGUAUAGGUGAAGCAAUGAUUGAAUCUUAUGAAACUAAAAGUAAGCACGAAGAUGUAAUAGCAGACAAUGAAACAUGCGGCGAUGACAGAAAAGAACAGCUCACAGAUAUACAACAAACCAAAUGUGAAUCUGAUGGAAAACUUAAAGUUCAGGUUGCUUCAACGAAAGAAGAACAAAGUUCUAUAAAACUCACAAUGAACAUUGUUCCAUUAGAUGCAAAGAAAAUUAGUGUAAGUCUGAUUGAAAUCGGCCAUACUGAUUCAAAAACAGUUCCCACAGAGGACCCUUCGAGAAUCGAAGAAAGUAAUCUUUCUAAAGAUCUGCUGGCAUCUGGAAAAAUUCCAGGACUAAGCGAUAUCGACUUCGAUAAAGGAUAUGAUGCUGAUAAAACGACAGUCGAUGGGGAAUCUGAAACUGAUGAAUCACAAAAGAAGAAAAAACGCAAGAAGAAGAAGCAACGCAAUGAAACUGAUAAGGCUAUAAACACGGAAAUGUUAGAAUCGCCAGUUGUACCAGUUGAAUCAAUUGCACUUGAUUCUCGUGCUGAAGAACAAAGAAUCAAUGAAACACAAGAAAGCAUCGUUGACGAGCCUAUUGAAACGUCAUCAUUUAUACAGGAACGAUUAAUCGUUUCAACUGAGGUUAUAGAAGCAGUUUACGUUGAAGAUGUUCAACAACAAACAACUCCCGUUGAGUUUGAACAUCCAGAUUUUGGAUUGGAUCAAGAAGUAUCGAAACUUACUUCUGAAAAGUUAAUUGUUCCUAUCGAUAUAGAACAAAAAUCAAUGCAAACGUCUCCAGAACCCGAAAUAUUCAAAAUGUCUCACCAAACAUCGCCCAUACAGACAUCAGCUGUUGCAUGCGAAGCAAAAGAAAUUCAAACAACAAUGCAAGUAUGCGAAAUCGAAACACAAACGCUCAACACUUCUCCAAAGCAUCAAAUAGAACAAGAAUCUCAAACUGAAGUGAGCAAAAGUGAGUUUAUGGAUAAAUCUGCAGAAACUCCAGUUAUUGAUGUAGUAAACACGGCAAAUCAAACCAUCAUUACAAAAACCGCUGAGAUGGAAAUACAAACGAUAGAAAACGUUGGUGAAAUUGUGGAGCCUCUUGUUACAAGUAUUAUUAAUUUGGCAGUAAAAGAUGAAGUAACCUACACACACCAUUCGAUCCAAACAAGUCCGAUAAGUUUUGAACCAUCAAAACAAGAUGUGCUUGUGCUUCAUGAAAGUAUACAGACUAUACAACCUGAAAUUCUUGAUGCUUACGUGGAAACCGAACAGAUUCUUCAAGAAAACGCUACAUCACCUGUAACUCAGGAGACAAAGAGUGAUGUACAAAUUCAAACUAGUCCUAUUCAUAAAACAGCCAUGGUUUUGGGGAAAUGUGAUACCCCAAAUACAUCCGGUGUGGAGAAUGUCAAUCAAGAUACCCAAACAAUUGUAAUCGAUGUAGUGGAUAACCAAGCACAAACAAACCCUGAACCACCAACUGGCGUAAGCAAGAUUGAAAUUCCCUGUACCGACAACAGCAAAAACGGUAAAACUAGCUCUGAAAAAAGCAAAAAGAAAAUGAAGAAAAGAAAAUCCGACGGUAAACUACCUUUGCAAGUUGAAGUCACAGCACAAUUUGAAAUUCCUGACAGUUGUGCAGAAAUUGACGCAUUCACAGUUAAAAAAACUAUCAUAUCAGAGACAAACGUUGAUUCAAAAAGUGAUCUCGAUAUUCACGUUCAGUUAGAUAUUGAUCCUACUCCUCACCGUUCUGAGUCGUUUAUAAUCAAUGAGGUGAUAUUGGAUGAAAAGAUUGUAACCUUAGGACUACACAAUUAUUUGUCCAUCUUGAAAUCCCAACAAAGCUAUGCUGAGCACAAAAAAGUACCAUGGAGUGAAAUGGCCAGUAUGCUGGAAAAUGUGUAUAGAGCUGGUAAUUCUGUGCAAACAUCAUACCCAAAUGCUCUCAGGACUACUUCGGUUGAUGCUGAAAACCAAGAGCAUGAUUAUCUGGGCUUAGGAAAAGCAUUGUCUUUGUUGCAAGAAAAUUCUACCGAUGCAACUAUGCAAAAUCAAAUUCUUUUCGAGAUACUAGAAUCAAUCAGUACGCCAACAGAGGAAAUAAUAGCUGAUAUAAACAAAUCGAAAAACCUGGACAAAACAGAUUGCUUCAGAAUCUGUGAAAUGCAUAGGCAGAGAUUGGUGUAUAUACUGGAAAUUAUACAAAGAAUAAUUAUUUUCAUUACAAGCAACAAUACACAGCCGAAUAACGACGUUGUGAAAUGUUUUGAAUUAACAGCAAAUGAAUUGAGACAUCUUGACAAUGAAAUUACCAGUUUGGAAACAGAAUACCGUCGAAAACAAGUUUACACCGAUGAUUUGGCUGGAACAUUACAGUAUGUCAAUGCACAAUUUGAUGUUAUUGAUGAAAAAUUAUCCAAUGUUAUAAACAAUGAAACAUUACCCAUCAAUAAAAAACUACUUCAACUGGAUGAAUUAGAACAGCAAUAUUUGGAGUGCGCAAAACGAUUGCGCUCUGUACCAACUGAACUCCAAACAAUAAUGGAUAGCACAUUUGAUAGUUACUUUGAAACAUUACUGGAGACAGCCGGGAAAAAAUCGCGAAAAUUGUCACAUUCUGUAAUAAUAGAACGCAACAAGUUAAAUCAGCUGAAUAGUUUGGCAGAAGAAUAUGAACAAACACUCCUUGAAUUCCAAGAUAUCACAGAUGCUGCAGAAAGUUUUAUAAAAAAUAACAUCGUCACAAACAGUCUAGAAGAGCUUCAGGAAGAAAUGCAACGAUAUCGAAAGUUUUUUGUCAAUUUAAAUCACUGUAAAAUGAUUCUCGAGUCGCUUGAAUCUAAUCUGGACCCAAUAACGCGACUGAAACAUGCAGAGCUGCAUUCAUCUUUAUACAACCAAACAGCGUCAAUAUUGGAAAAAGCUGUGGAUAAAGCAGCAAAGUUAGCGCAAGUAGCAAGCAAGUGGACCAUACUUCAAAAGGAAAUGCGUAAUGAAUCUCAAUGGCUGCAAAUAGCACAACAACGUGUUCCCGAUUUACAGAAUGUGUCUUCUGAAGAUUUUGAACAGUUUAUAACGCUGUAUGAGUCACUGUACCAAGAUAUUGUUUAUCAUCAUGCAAAGAUGAUACAGCAGAAUGACGUGGCCAAAAAAAUGCAAGAACAUGUUUCAGCCCCAAUCUUAGAAAAAGAAAGCAAUGAAGCUUUGACAGUCAUUGUGCAACUAAGGGAAGAAGUUUCACUUCAUUUGAACAUGUUGGUCAAAUACAAAUUGCACUGGAAUAAUUACAACAAUUCAGCAGACAAGCUAGGUGAAUGGAUAUGUUCUUGCCAAAAAACGCUGCGUGAAAUACACAUUCCUUCAAAUUUGGUUGACACUCCAGUAGAGGAUAUGCGUAAUUUUUGGGAAAUUAAAGCUCAAUAUGAAGUGCUCAAUAACAAAGUGUACAAAAGUGCUUGUGAUUCAUUUGAUAGAGCACUUUCGACAGUAAACGUCAGUGAUGAACCUUUACAACGACAGUUGCAUGGUCAGCUUCUCGAAAAUUGGUUGGAUAUUUCUUCUACAAUAUCACAAAUUCAAACCAAUAUUUCUGAAUCAAUGAAAACUGACUCAACUACAGUCAGAGAUAAAAUCGCGUUUAUAGAGCAAGAGCUACAAGAAAUCACUACAUUGUUCAACAACACCAAAGGAGUACUUAAAUCCCAAGAAGAUCUGUAUGCGUACAUUGAAAAAAUUCAAAUGCUCCGUACGCGAAUUCAUCUAAUCGACUCAGAAUUGGGUCAAAUCGCCUUGGGAGCUGAUUCUAAUACAGAAAAAAUAAGUGACAUAUUUGGAAUUUCCCGAAACAUCUCUCAGCAAAUUAACGAGGAAUACGAAGCAGCGGAAACAUUUUUCAAAUUUUUGGAAGACAUUGAGAAUGGUAUCAAGGAAGAGGAAAUUAAUUUGUCUCAAAUUUCCAAAAUCUUGGACACAACAAAUGUCAAUUGCAAACGUCCGGAUGUACAGAAAUCUCUUGAUGAUUGUAUUCAAUGUCAACUGUUGUUGAGCGAUUCGUGGAACAAACUGAUGAGAUUAAGGCAAAUGCUUCAUACAUUACCAAUGAAUCUAAAAGUAUCAGUUUCACCGUUGCAAACCGAACGGGCUUUGUCUUUGCUUCAGACUACACAUAACGACCUGGAACAAAGAUGUGGAAAUAUAAUAAUUCAACUGAAGCACAGGUUAACCUUGUGGAACAAAUUUCAUCGGCAACUGGAAAUGAUUCAAGAACACAUUCAAGAAACUGAGUUUAUGAUGGAGUUGAUGCAGCUACAGGAAAAUGCCGACUACCAAAGAUUAUUGACCGCAACGGAGAGACUUGAUGCUCUUUUAAUUGAAAUUGACAGUAGAAAAAAUACUGUUGAAGAUUUGAAAUCAAUAGCUCAACCAUUGAUAGAAACAUCCGACGAAAGUGUUUCAUUAGAAAUCCAAGAAACAGUGCAGAAAAUCACAGUUGUUUGGCAAAAUACACGGGAAAGUUUAAAGGAGUUAUGCCAACGAUACGAAAAGGCUGUGAAAUUAUGGCAACACUAUCAUGAUGUUUGCAAAAAUGUAAAGCAUUGGGUAGAGCACGAGGCGUCUGAUACAGAUACGUUGGAAUACAUGAACGAGAUAUCUCAGUUGGAAGUUUAUCAAAACUUAAUUGUUGAUAAAAGGAAGGACUUGGAGCAACUUAAGGACCUGAUAAACAAUAUAAACGUGCAAGUCGGGUUUAACGUGACUGGUCCAUUGAUAUUGGAAAUUGAAGACUUCAGUCAUAAAAUAGAAGAAAUAGAAGAAAAUGUUAUCUCUCACAAGGCUGACAUGGAAUCCAACAAUUUCCAGAGUAACGAGAACCGAUUUGUGCUUAGUCAAGCACAGCAACUAUUUGAUAACUUACAACAGAGCUAUGGAGAUCAUGAUUUUAAUACCGACUUGGAAUCAAAAGUAAAGCACCUCCGAGAAUAUAUGAUCAAUUUAUGUGCUACAGAAUCCCGCUUAGAAGAUAUUUUAAAUGGCAAGCAAAAUGGAAACCUACCAGAAAGCGAGGUUAAAAACUUGCAUUUAAUUUCCCAAUCUUUAUUGCAAGAUUCGUUGGAGCAGUACCAAUGCUUGAUGCAAAAAAUAAUAUUGCAUGGAAAUGAUGAAAAUUUCAUCAAUUUUUGGGACAAUUACAUGACAUUUGUGAAGACAUUCCUUGAACAGGAUACACCAUGUAAUGAUACAGAGCUGCGUAAGCUAAGGAAUCAGUAUUCUUUGAUUGCUCACUUACUAAAGGAUUUAAGAGCACUCAUCAUGAAAAAAUCGAGUAUCGAAAUGAGCCAUGCAGCCAAAUAUAAUUGCCUGAACGAACAACAUAGUUACUGCAUAACAACGGCUGAAAGUCGCUUAGUUGACAUAGAAAGCAGAUUGCGUCACUGGGACAAAUACAACAGUAUCAAAUCCACAUUGAAGCAAUCUAUUAGUUACAUUGAACGUGAAAAGUACAGUCUUCAGCUUGUUUACAUAAGUCUGAAGGAGAUUUCCAAAAUGCAAAACAAAGUAAAUGAAUUACAAAUGCUGUUUCCACAAAUUGAACAAGACUUGGACGAUAUGCAACGAGAAACUUCAGAAAUUCUAAGUUUUACAAAGGAUGAACAUAUAAUGAUUCAAAUCCGGAGUGACCACGGAAAACUAUCCCAACAAACUGCCAAGCUAAAAGAAAGUAUCGAAACAUGGAUUGAAUUUCUAUCCAGGAUAGCGAAUCUGCACGAACACUUCCAUUCGAAGUGUGAUCAGAUCCAUUACAAUUUAGUGGAGCUAACCCGUUGCCUAGAAGAUGUGAAAAUAGAUAGUCUUGGAGCAUCUCAACAUCAUCUGAACAUGUUGAAAAAUGAACAAUUACGUUUGGUUGGAAUAAAGGAUACAUUGACCACUACGAAUGAAAUACGGGAUGAGCUGAAACAACGUAUCAGUGUAUUCGAUGCUAAGUUAAUUCAUCAACGGGUCUGGCAGCUUUGGCAAAUGUUCGAAAAACUGGACUAUUCAUUAUCAGUUCUUUUGAAGCAAAUGCAGGAAAGGUUACAAAACCUUAAGCUAUUUUCUCAGCAAUACAUAAUUUUAACAAACUGGAUGAUGGAGUUUGAAAACCGUAUCAAUGAUUCCAACAAAUAUCAAACGUGUGAAGACGACGCAACGUUCAUAAAAUCUGUUGAGGAACUUUUGCUUCAAGAGCUGUUGCUGAAAGAAAAUGAAAUAGAGUGGUUUAAUAUAGUUGGGGUUGAUUUAGCUAACAAUUUACAAAAGGGAGACGAACAGCUGGAGAUUAAAUCAAAGCUUGAACUCCUCAAUUCUAACUGGAAAAGGCUAAAGACACAUUGUCACAAUAGGACUCAGAAAAUACAGGAAGUCAAUAGUACUACCAUUUCCCUGCAACGCAGAAUCGAAGAUAUUAAAACAUGGAUGAACAUAAUUGAACACGAUUUGAAAUCUCCGUUUUUGUUUGAAACGUUGGAUGAUUCUACUUUAAACAUACUAAUGGACCAAUACGACAAUUUACAACGAUCAAUUGAAAGCAACAGUGGAAAUGUAGGCGAGGUUUUAAAUCUAUGUGAGAUGUUGUUCACUGAUGUAGAGUCAUGGAACGUUCACAUUGAUAGAAAGCAUGUACUUCAUGAUAUAAACAAUUUGGAACUAAGGUGGAAAAAUAUUUGCUUGGAAUCAACGAAACGCAAGGCAGAUUUGUUGUCAAUUUGGAAUAUGUUGCUGGAAAUUGAAAAAAUAACAAAUUCUCACCAAGAAUGGGUUGAAAAAUGCAACAGGUACUUAGAUACACUGGAAAACUUUUACCAGUCAUCAGUGAACAUAGAAAACAUAAGUGAAAUAUUUGAAGAACUCGCUAUACGACAAUCUGACAUGAUUGCUCAGGAACCUAUAUCACAUAUAUUGAGAAAAUUGUUUGUCUCUCUCAACAAACACGAGAGAGCUGAUGCAGCUAAUAUGAGGAAUGUUACUAAUGUGGCCAAGAGGAUUCUGUCGAUAUGGGAAUGUCUUUUGUGGAGAUCAAACAAUCUUAAAAAGGAGCUAAGUGAUUUACAAACUAUGCACACAGUAUUUAUCAAUGAAUAUGAGAAUAUAAUAAUGGCAUUGACACAAAUUGAUGUGCAAGUAAUAAACAUCAAGCAUUUAUCAGAAGCUAAAGACGAUACACCGGAAAUAAAAAGAAAACGACUACGUGAUCUUCAUAACGAACUGCGAUUUGUAAUCAAUCUAUUUGAUAAGCAGGACGAGUUAGGCACCAGUUUAAUACAGAGACUAUCAAUGCCAAACAGUAUUCAUUUGAAGAUACAAGAAUACCAUGAUUUUGCAAAUAACAUCAAAUCAAGUCUAGAUGCAUUAUUGUCGGAAACUAUUCAGGAAUCGGACAAGCAAAAAAGCCAGCACAGCUCUCAAAUACAAACGGAAUGUUUUGAAAAAGAUUCUGCUGUUCAAGUCAAUACCUUGCCAGCUUUGUCUCACGGUAAAUCAAUUACUGCUAAGGAAGCAUAUCAAUAUCAACUUGAAUCAGCUCUCGUCGAGGCAAGAGGACACUUGGAAAAUCUGCAUACAGCGAUAAAUGAAAUAAACGUGAAUAAUUUCAUGACGUCAACUCAAAAAGUAUCUAAAGUGUCCGCCACUUGUGAAUCAUCGAUUGAGCUGAUAAAGCAUCUCAAUCUUAUGGUUUUGUCUGAAACUCAGAGUGACGAGGAAGAUACUAUGAAUAAGCUGGUAACUAUUGAAUGCGAUAAAUUCACGCAGUAUCAAACAGAAUGGCGAUCUAAGCAACAAAAAUUAGAAGAACUGAGAUCUUUCCCAAUUGCUUACAAUUUCAUAUGUGUACACAAUGACGAUUAUCUCACAUGUCCUUUGUGUACAAACCGAAACUGGCAACAAAUUGAUAACGACCUAUGGCGACUUGAGCAAUGGUUACAAAUGGCAGAGGCAAAUCAGAAAAGUCAACACACCAAUCCUCCGACGGACAUCGACACGCUGGAGGAUACCAUUCAGGACCACCGGGAAUUUCUGUUAGAUCUGGAUAGUCACAAAAGCAUAAUAAAGUCGCUCAACAUUGUUGGCGAACAUUUGGCGACGCACACACUGGAUACAGAAAAGGCGGUCAGAUUACGCGAACGUCUUCAAGCAGACAACCAACGAUGGGAGAAAGUUUGUAGUCUAGCGUCACAUUGGCAAUCCCAGUUACACCAUGCGCUGAUGGACAACAAAGAAUUCCAUCGGACAGUUACUGAACUUUGCGCUUGGCUAGAGCAAACAGAAAACAAAAUCAAAAGUUCUGAACCAAUUGAUUUGACUUCCGACAUGAAACUCAUUGAGCGAAAAUAUAAAACCUUUAGAGAGUUGCGCAGUGAUUUAGUUCGUUGUGAGCCACGUGUCGUGAGUUUACAGGAGACAACAUCUCAGCUUACAAAAUAUUUGGAAGCCAACAAGUCCCAGCAAUUUGAUGAGAUAUAUGCAAAGUUAACAGAUUUGAGACUAAGAUUCCACUCAAUACGAAGACUGGUGGAAAUGUAUACAAUAAAAAUUGCCGCUGCCUUGGGUUAUGAUCCAACAUUUGAUACAAACAGUAUCGCAUCGGUAGAUACUCUACCAGGGAUUCAAGGCGUUAGCGGAUCGCUCACUCGCGUAGCCGGACAAGAGUCCAAUGCAAAUGCACAAGAGGGAGAAGACGACGAGCACAUCAACACAACAGUGUUGACCAGAAGUUACCGAUUCUUGGGCCGUGUUGUACGCGCUUCUUUACCAAUUCAGGCAAUGCUGUUAUUGCUAUUAGGCGUAGUUACUCUCAUGCCCCACGGUGAAGACUACUCCUGUACAUUAACUAAUAACUUUGCACGCAGCUUAGAACCAAUGCUACGAUAUCCAAACGGACCCCCACCUAUCUGAAGGGGUUGCUUUUGACAUGUAUUUGAAACCAUUUUUUCCAGUGAAGAAUGUGCAAUAAAACUAGCAUUUAACAUUAAUAUGUAGUGUAGGGAUAAGUAUUUUUUCUAUUGUUGUACCACUCUUCUGGUGAUCUUUUUUUAACUGAAACAAAAGCAAGUUACUUAUGAGUUAAGUUUCCUUUAUACAUUUAUUUUUACAAGUUACCAUUAUAUGUAUAAUUUGAUUUUUAUGUUUACAAUGUCUAAUAAACAAAAUAAAAAGUUCAACAAAUACAAAUAAUUGUUUUGA